GGCGGGCGCGGAGCGGGCCCCGCCAUGGGCAUCCUGGAGAAGAUCUCGGAGAUCGAGAAGGAGAUCGCCCGCACGCAGAAGAACAAAGCCACUGAGUACCACCUGGGCCUGCUGAAGGCAAAGCUUGCAAAAUACAGAGCUCAGCUGCUGGAACCCUCCAAAUCCCCGGCGGCAAAGGGAGAGGGCUUCGAUGUGAUGAAAUCAGGAGAUGCCCGGGUGGCACUGAUCGGUUUUCCUUCUGUGGGGAAGUCCACGUUUCUGAGUUUAAUGACCUCGACUGCCAGCGAAGCUGCAUCAUAUGAGUUCACCACGCUGACCUGCAUCCCAGGAGUCAUAGAAUACAAAGGAGCCAACAUUCAGCUGCUGGAUCUGCCUGGAAUCAUCGAAGGAGCAGCUCAAGGGAAGGGCAGAGGCCGGCAGGUGAUUGCUGUGGCCAGGACAGCAGACGUUGUGAUCAUGAUGCUGGAUGCCACCAAGGGUGAGGUGCAGAGGGCCUUGCUGGAGAAAGAAUUGGAAUCUGUAGGAAUCCGGCUGAACAAAAGCAAACCAAACAUCUACUUCAAGCCCAAGAAGGGUGGAGGCAUCUCCUUCAACUCCACUGUCACUUUGACUCAGUGCUCUGAGAAGCUGGUUCAGCUCAUCCUCCAUGAAUACAAAAUCUUCAAUGCUGAGGUCCUGUUCAGAGAGGAUUGUUCCCCUGAUGAGUUCAUUGAUGUGAUUGUAGGAAACAGGGUCUACAUGCCGUGCCUCUAUGUUUAUAACAAGAUUGACCAGAUAUCCAUGGAGGAGGUGGAUCGUCUUGCUCGGAGGCCCCACAGUGUUGUCAUCAGCUGUGGCAUGAAGCUGAACCUGGACUACUUGCUGGAAAAGCUCUGGGAAUACCUGGCACUCACCUGCAUCUACACCAAGAAACGGGGACAGAGACCAGACUUUACAGAUGCCAUUAUUCUACGAAAAGGGGCCUCUGUGGAACAUGUGUGCCAUCGGAUUCACAGAUCAUUAGCCAGCCAGUUCAAAUAUGCCUUGGUGUGGGGGACAAGCACAAAGUACAGCCCUCAAAGAGUGGGCUUAACUCAUAUGAUGGAACAUGAAGAUGUCAUUCAGAUUGUAAAGAAGUAACUGCUGGUGCCUGGCCUUGUCUUUAAUCACUGCAAUUGGAACUGACCAUGUUAAAACAAAACACACCAAAAAAGAAAAAAAGAAAAAAAGAAAAGAAAAAACAAGAGAAAAAGAAAAAGGGAGAUGUGUUCCAGAGUCAAGAAAGCUUCUGUGAAGCUGAUUCUCUUGGAGGAAGGCAGAAAAUGAGGCUACUGUGCUUGCAGGUGGGGAUGGGGAAGAUGGUUUCCAUCUCGCAGCAUUUCAGGCCAAGUGAUGUUUCCCAAGAAUUUAAAAGGAGUUAGUUCUUCUAGGACACAGUUCCACAGCCAGCAGUGUUCUGCCCCUUGUAGGGUUUGCACAUGAAUCCAUGUGCAUUCCCAGUGGGAAGUGUUUGGGUUUGUGUGAAAAAAUCUGGUCCUGUGCUUUGGGCUGAGAGAAUAUUGCUGAUGCUUUGCUGCUUAUCCAUUCACUUAAUUUAAGCUUUGAUCUGAAACAGAAUCAGAGUUCUCCCUCCCCUGCUCGCUGGACACAUUGCAGCUGAGACAGCCCCAAUUUUUAAUGGUCCCACCUCAAUUAACAUUAAAACCUGGCACUCUGUGCCUCUCCAUAGCUUUGCAGUGGGGUUUGUAGGGCAUCCUGGUCCAACUGGUACUGAGAGAUGAGAAAUUAAACUGGUAAUGGUUAAUUAGCCUGACCAGACUGCAGUGGGGCAUGCUCCAAGAGCCGUAGUCUGGGGAAAGAAUUCACUUCUGCCAUCUCACUCAUCGAGGAGCUGCCUUGGGAGCUUCCUCCUUUUUUGGGUGGGAGUUGUCCUGCCCUUUAGUCCCCAAGGUGGGGGUCUCAUCAACCGUGCCCCUAAAUUCCAGUUGCAGCUCUUUGGAGUUCAAGGUACCACCCCAUGCCGUGAGUUUUACCCCAGCCCUGUUAAACAUUGCUUGUCUGGAUAGUGUUCAUCAGAAAUCUGGAAUUUUUGUAAUCAUGCUUUUCCAUUGAAUACUGUUGCUAAACAAUUCAGAGUGCCUGAUAGAGUACAGCUCUUGCCUUCUGGGAUGAAGAGCUGCCAAUAGCUUUUAUUUUCUUUCAUUGGAAAAGGGUUCAGUCUGAUGUGGAUGCAGAACUGUGAAGACAGGUGUGACACCUGUCUGAGCAGGGUUCCUCCCCUCCUCCCUGCUCCUCCCACCCCUCACAACCUGAUCGAGCAGAAAUGGAAGUAUUAUUUUAUUUGAGAAAAUAAAAAGUUGUUAUUUCAUGUGAA